AUGGCGGCCAUGUCCCGAACCAACUCCGUCGGCGCCCUCCAGGGCUUCUCAAUCUGCCAACCUGUCCUCGGCGCUUCUCUGCAGUUCUACCCUGCUUUGGGCACUCAGCAACUCGACGACCUCAUCAAUGCCUUUGUUCCCGGCACCGCUUCCAUUAAGGAGAAGCGAGCCACCGUCUCCAUGGACUUCUUCGAAUACUCCCAGCUCACCGGAGAGACAUUCAAGUACUACCCUGUCUACACUCAGCCAUCUUCUGCCGAGUCUAGUCCCGUGCAGGACUCCGGUUACGUCUCCAACUUUGUGUCCCCCGUCAUUUCGGACUGGAGCUGGUCUCAGUCGACCCCCAGCUCUGCCUCGGUGUCAACUCCGGCCUCCGCCACUCAGGAGAUCGCCCCUACCAAGUCCUCCAAGAAGGCAGCCGCUCCCACCCCCAAGUCACAAUCCAGCGAUUUCUCUCAUCUUCCCGGCAUGAAGAUCAUGACUAAGGAUGGUCGCGACGUCACAAACUCUGCCUCCCGCGGAUGCAAGACCAAGGAGCAGCGCGACCACGCUCACCUCAUGCGAAUCAUCAAGGCUUGCGAUGCCUGCAAGAAGAAGAAGGUCCGCUGCGACCCCAGCCACAAGAAGCGUACGGCUGCCCAGACACAACCUGCUGCUGCUCCAGCAAGGUUAGCCAAGAAGGCCAAGACAUCAACAGCAAAAGAUUCACGGGCAGUCACCGAACGGCAACCGCAACAAACUGUCUCUUCAACCUCCUUGUUCACGGAUCCAAUCUUUACCGGGCUUGAGAUUCCUGACAUGCCUCUCGAGCUUCCCGAGUCUUGGGAGUCGUUCGUUCAGUUCGACGACGAGCCCGCCAACGCCUCUCCCUUCGACUACGACUUCUUCUCCGACCCCGAGGGCCACCUGUCUCCUCAUUCACGCCAGUCUCCUGCGAGCCCCUCAAUGGUGUUCUCUCAACCCCAGGCUGUGAGCCGGAUUCCUCAAAAUCUCCUCUCCAGCCAGUCGUUUGUCGAGGAUACCAUUGUCCGCCCACCGACCCUGCCGUACAUGGACGCCACUGCACCUGCCAACAACUACGUCGACUUCAACCUGUACUCGCCCGAGCCAAGCUUCCUGGACGACGACGCUGCUCUCAUCACCGACAUUGGCUCUGCUGCUGGCAAGGAGCUCAUUACUACUCCUCAGCGCCGUGGCCUUGCUCAGGAUCGCCGGUCAUCGUACUUGCACACAGACGACAGGGCAUUGGCUCUUCCCGAUGACCUAAGCGUUGAUCGUGGCACAACGGUAUCGCCGCAGUUUGCGGAAGAUCCACAAGGCGUAGAUCGCGGACAACGUUUACCACCAAGUGGAGAAGGCAGGAAUACAUUCGCUGAAGACCGGAGUGUACCACAGAACGCUGUCGGCUUCCGCACAUCACACUCACGCCUUCCUGCCAACGCCUUCGCCGCCCCAGCUGUACAAUCACCGCUGAUGACAGACGACGCCCAGAACAGGACUCGGUCACUUUGGUCCUCCAGUGGCAUUGCACGCACCCAACUGCAGAGCGUAAACGUGCCGUCAACAAACGCAGGCGAUGUCAGCCGCAACGCGUCACCCGCCCAGCCCUCACCCAGCCAAGUUCCACUUGCCUCGGUAGCCUCAUUUGCAUGCUUCUCGACGUCGCUCGGGGAGCUGUCUUAUUACGCGACUACCGAUAUGGCAACACCUGGUGACGGCAGCAACCGCGCGACCGGAGUGACCAGCACCACACCCACAUCGACCGGCUACCUCCAGGCAACUGGUGUCACGUCGCAGGUUAGUCGUGGUACGUCCGCGCCACUCAGCUCUCGAUCCUCCAUCGCCGACAUAAUCGGCGUGCAUGGAGAGCGAUCUGCAAUUGCGACAUUUGCAAGCAAUGGCGACGUAAUCGGCGUAGAUGGAGAGCAAUCUGCAAUUGCGACAUUUGCAAGCGAUGGCAUCGUAUCCGCGUGUCGCUCCCUUGCUGGCAAGCCAUCCGCGACGCAGUUCCUCCUCUUCGCAAUACUACUUGUGGCGACGCUCGGCACGGUUGUCACUUCUCUGGAAGCUCAGGCACUUACAGGUGGCUUGCUCCAGAUCGCCUUUGGCCUGGCGAUGUUCAAGGCCUACUCUCACUCUAGCCUUCAUGGCUCGAGACCUCAACAGAGCCGUCUCAGUACCACGCCAAAGCCGCAGGGCUUCAGCGACGGCGCGAGGCUACUCUCCUGCGUCAGCACGAGACUGCGACACACCCGUCGCCAGAACCAAGACGCGCACUCCCGGUCCAGGCCGGCGGUGGGGUCGAGGCUUCUGAGCUUCGCGCAAGGGUUUCGAUGA